UUUCACCCUUCCGAAGAGAGCUGCUGCCGCUGUGCUGUAUUCUUGCUUGUGCUCUAUUGUAGGGUUUUGGCAGAUUCUCUAUCAACCAUGGCGGACAAGGCAGUCACUCUUCGUACCAGGAAGUUCAUGACCAACCGCCUUCUUUCCAGGAAGCAAUUCGUCAUUGAUGUUCUUCAUCCAGGCAGACCCAAUGUUUCUAAGGCAGAGCUUAAGGAGAAGCUGGCACAAAUGUAUGAAGUGAAGAACUCCAAUUCAAUCUUUGUUUUUAAGUUCCGUACUCAUUUUGGAGGUGGGAAGUCCACUGGUUAUGGAUUAAUUUAUGAUUCUGUGGAGAACGCCAAGAAGUAUGAGCCCAAGUACAGGCUGAUCAGGAACGGUCUUGACACCAAGGUAGAAAAGUCAAGGAAGCAGAUGAAAGAGAGGAAGAACAGGGCCAAGAAGAUUCGUGGAGUUAAGAAGACCAAGGCCAGUGAAGCUGCUAAGGGUGGAAAGAAGAAAUGAGCAUUUGCACCAAAUCUUAAAACCCAUAUGCUUCAUUGCAACCUUUUUAAUUUUGAUGUGUUGUUUCAGCUAGGUAAUUUUGAAUUAGAAGAUUUUGUUCUGCGUGGAUUUGAUGUUUACAUUUACUUUCUCAUUUAACUAUUUUGUCAGGUAAGACAAAUUUGAAACAUUGAGUAGCAAGUGAUACAUGGUCUUAAUAUUCCCAUUCUGCCGCUGUAUUUGUCGUUCUAGUGCUCUGGUUUACUGACCAUGGAUGUUAUUACCUUAUUGCUGGCUUUCUAUCUGAUUGUGAUAUAGGUCAUUUUUCUCCUA